AUGCUUGAGACGAUGCCCAGACUUCUCCGGAAGCUAUUUGGGCGGCCCAAAUCGACGAAACGAACCGAACUCCCACCUAACUUCCAACACGACGACGCAGCCCCUAAUCCGUCCGGAAACCCGCAGAGCCCGUCUUUCCCGGACGGAGUGAAGGUCCUGCACGACUGCCCCGGCGCCACUGUUGACAUCUGCUUUGUCCACGGUCUAACCGGAGAUCGGGAGAGCACAUGGACAGCCCGUGGGCACUCUGCGUCCUGGCCUGAGACUCUCCUGCCGUCAAAUCUCGGCAAAAGCCGCAUCCUCACGUAUGGCUACGACGCAUACGUCGUGCGGAAGGGAGUCGCAGGGUCGAAUCGGCUUCUUGACCAUGCAGCAAACCUUUUACACGACCUGACCAUGGACCGAGAACUCAACGACGCGUCAUCCCGUCCUCUCAUCUUUGUCGCCCAUAGCCUCGGCGGCCUCGUCUGCAAGAAGGCCAUUCUUCUUUCGCGGAAUAACCCGGAAGCUCAUCUUCGCGGUAUCUUCGGUUGCACCAAGGGCAUCAUAUUCAUGGGCACCCCUCACAAGGGAGCUUGGAUGGCGGACUGGGCUAAGAUACCAGCGUCGGCCCUCGGUCUUGCUAAAGUCGCCAACAAAUCGCUUCUUGAGAUUCUUCAAACAGACAAUCAACUCCUCGAGUCCGAUCAGCUUGAGUUCUGGUCAAUGGUACGAGAAUUGCGGGAAGGUGGCAGACGUUUCGAGGUCACCUGCGCCUUCGAGGAACUCCCUUUGCCUGUGGUCGGGAAAGUCGUGUCCAAUACAUCAGCCACCCUUGAAGGGUAUGCUUCCUUCAGCAUCCACGCCAACCAUAGUGGAAAAUACAACUCGAGCUUGUUGAAAUGCCUCCAGUCGCUGGCCUUUCCACAAAUGCAUGACCGGUCCAACGAAAUUGACAGCGCUGCCGCGAGGACGUGCGAGUGGUUGCUUCGACAUGAAAAAUACACCACCUGGGCCGCUUGCCACCAAGGCUUGCUCUGGAUUAAAGGAAAACCGGGCUCCGGAAAAUCCACUGUGUUGAAACAUGCACUCAAAAACCACAAAGCUGGAGACGGCGCCCUCGUCAUCUCAUUCUUCUUCCAUGGUCGCGGAAAUGAACUUCAGAAGACCCCUCUUGGCUUCUUUCGGUCUCUUCUUCAUCAGAUCCUUGAGAAAGCUCCUGACGCACUGCAGGAUCUCGUCUGCGUAUUCGAAUCCAAGUGCAGGAACAAUGGCAAACAGGGUGCUGGCUGGCAUUGGCACGAGGGAGAAUUACGACCCUUCUUCCAGGAGUCACUUUUCAAGGUCUUGAGGAUCCGUCCAGUUUGGUUGUUUGUUGACGCCUUGGACGAGUGCGGCAAAGACAAUGCGGUUAAGCUUGUUGGAAUCUUCAGUAGCUUGCUGAAGAGUCUCCAAUCCGAGCCCGAGGAUCUCCAGCAGUUCCAUAUCUGUUUUUCUUGCCGGCACUAUCCAAUCCUGGAUUUGGACGAGAGCAAGUUCGAAAUCUGCACCGAGCACGAAAACGAAAGGGACAUCUCAGCUUUUGUGGAAGACAAACUUGCCAUAUUUCGUGCGGGACCAUCAUCCAAGAUGCCGGGUUUGAUCACGUCGCGCGCCUCGGGCGUCUUCAUGUGGGCACGUCUUGUGGUGGAACAGAUUCUAGACCUCGAGCGCGAUGGCGCCGGGAUAGCGAGAAUGGAAGCGGCCAUCUCCGCUCUCCCUCCCAACCUCGACGAGCUAUACCGACAACUUGUUCAAGGCAUGGAAAUGCGCUCCAAGAAGCUGAUUCAAUGGGUCUGCUUUGCCACUCGACCCUUACACAUCGACGAACUGCGAUUGGCAAUGGUUAUCGAGGAUGAUUGCCCAUACCGAUCACUACGGGAGUGCGAGAGGGCAGAAGACUACGUCGCCGAUAGUGCCCGAAUGAAAAGGCAAGCCCAAACACUCAGCCGGGGCCUUGUCGAGGUCAACCACGCCCAGACCGUCCAGUUCAUCCACGAGUCUGUCAAGGAUUUCUUCUUUGGCGAUGGCUUAUCAGCCUUGGGCGAUGAUGGAACAUUGACCGAGGCGGCAGUUCAAGCGCAUCUCCGGUUCUCCAAAAUCUGCCUACGCUAUCUGUCGAUGGAGGAGAUUGUCCAAGACAAAAGGGGCUUGAGCAAUGACAAUUUCCCCUUCUUGGGUUACGCCGUAACCUCAUGGAUGACGCAUGCAGAGCACUGCGAUGCUGUAAGCGUCCCGAUCGUCCCACGAGAUGACCUUCUCGCGCUGUUCACUUGGCCAUCGAACGCCCUCGUAGGGUCAAUAACAGCUUUCGUCGUACACCACUGUCUUGGGCCGCGAAGGGGGGCCAUGAGGCCGUUGUACGGCUACUCCUUGAUACCGGCAAAGUCGAUGUUGAUAACAAAGACAUUCAUGGUUGGACACCACUGUCGUGGGCCGCGAACGAGGGGCCAUGAGGCCGUUGUACGGCUACUCCUUAAUACCGGCAAAGUCGAUGUCGAUAAUAAGGACCGUUGGGGUAGGGCACCACUGUCGCGGGCCGCGGAGGAGGGCCAUGAGGCCGUUGUACGGCUACUCCUUGAUACCGGCAAAGUCGAUGUUGAUAACAAAGACAAUUAUGGUUGGACACCACUGUCGUGGGCCGUGAACGGGGGCCAUGAGGCCGUUGUACGGCUACUCCUUGAUACCGGCAAAGUCGAUGUUGAUAACAAAGACAAUUAUGGUUGGACACCACUGUCGUGGGCCCUGGAGAGGGGCCAUGAGGCCGUUGCACGGCUACUCCUUGAUACCGGCAAAGUCGAUGUUGAUAACAAAGACAAUGAUGGUUGGACACCACUGUCGCGGGCCGCGGAGGAGGGCCAUGAGGCCGUUGUACGGCUACUCAAGGCAGCGCGGUAG